AGUGGUGUAUUUUGUUUUAAAAACGUGUAUUCUUUUUUAUAGGUGAAUUACAUAAAUACUAAAAGAUGAAUCAAGCAGAGAAAAGUUUGUACAUUCCUGGUACCCUUGGUCCGACCAUAAUGUUGAAGGAAGGACUGGAUUUGGAAUCUCUAAAGAAAACAAAUGCCACAGCAAAUAUUGAGUUCACAACAGAAGACACAGACUAUGAUGAAGAAACUGACUUGAAAGCAGAUGAAAAUUAUUUUGGGAGUUCGAACAACUUUUCUUACAUGCUUGACAAUGAUUCAGAUGAUGAUGAAACAAAUGCAGAUUUAACUUGGUUUCAAAGACUUAACUCUAAAAUGAAUAAUAUAACAGAAGAUGGUGGUGUGAAGAAAAUGAUAAGAAAGGAAGGUGUUGGUUCUGUUGUUCCAUCUGGCUCAAAAGUUCGUAUUCAUUAUAACGGGUACAUGGAGGACCUUGAUGAACCUUUUGAUUCAAGUCGAAUUCGUAAUCAACCUCUCCAGAUAACUCUUGAACAAGGACAAGUAAUUCAUGGGUUGGACAUCGGGAUUUCAACUAUGAGGAAGUUUGAAAUAGCCAGGUUCCUAAUAGAAUCAACAUAUGCGUAUGGUAACAUGGGAUGUCCACCACGAAUACCAGGGCAUGCACUUGUGUGUUUUGAGGUUGAACUGUUAGGUUACUCGGACCCAUCUGCUCUUGAUGAUUACGAAGGUUUAACAGACGAAGAAAAGAGAGAUCUUCCAUUUAAGCGAAUCAUUGAGGUUUCCAAAGCUUUAAAGGCAGAAGGAAAUGAACUUUAUCUUUGUGAGGAUUUUAGGAAAGCAAUACGCAAAUAUUUCAAAGCAAUCAACACUUUAGAAUCAGCAACUUUAAAAAAUGAGAGCCAGGAAAGAGAGGUUAUCCACAUGUGCAUUAAGUCAUAUAACAAUAUUGGACUUUGUUAUUUGAAAACGGGAAGUUUUGGCAAAGCUUUGUCUUCUGCGCGUAGGGUGUUAUCAUGGCAAAAUGAUAACAGCAAAGCCUUAUACAUAUGCGGUAAAGCAUUACGUCAUCUUGGUGAAUUCAGCAAAUCAAGAAAAUAUUUUACACGAGCGCUUUCUGUUUCUCCAAAAUCAAAAGAUGUCGUAAAAGAGGUCAAACUUUUGGAUGAAAUGGAAAUGAAAUUUCAAUUGGUAGAAAAGCAAAUGUGCAAAAACAUGUUUGGUUGAUGAUCUUUUACUUUAAAUAUCUUAAAACUUUGUUUCAACUUUCUUUCAUUUUCUUGUUACACUUUUUAUUUUUUAUAAGAACAACUAUGUUUGUGAUAAAAAACACAAAAUUGUUUUGUUGUUGUUUUUGUAACUAAGUUAUGCGGGUUUCGUUUAUGUUAAAUGUGAAUUUUUUUCUGUCACAAACAGAACAAAAAAAUUCAGUGUAAGUGUAAUUUGUUGUUGCUGUUACGGGUUAAUUAUGGAAACUUUAACUUAAAUAUUUCUUGUAACUUUUUCAGCUCUUGUGAACAGAUCUUUGAAAAUAUUUGCUAAUUUUGACAAUCAAAGUUGAGUUGCAUGUUUACAAGAUCAAAAAAACACCCUACCAAAUAAAAUUCGACUAGUUGUGUAA